UAUUGGUAUAGAAAAUCAAAUAAAAACUCUUUCUUAUACGAGAUGAUUUUGGCACCUUUGUGUUUAAACAUUUCUGGAAUUGUUGGGCCAAAACCCGCACAUUGUGGGGAGAAAAUCCCUGAAACCCUUUCGAAAUCGAGUAAUAGAUCUCCAUGAUCGAAAAUGCGAACCAUUAGCAGAGUAUUUAUAAUAGGAAAUGGCGUCGCCGGUGCAGAAAAUCAGUGCUUCGGUUUGGUUCGAGCUUUGGGCUUAUCGCAUCGACAAACACUAUUUCGAGUUAUUAGGCCAAAAGGAGGUAUUAACAAGCGACUUCAGUGGUUGCCUGUUUCUCUCCAUAAAAGGUUAGAAAAUGUCAGGAGGUUGAUUUAUGGAGAUCCACUUCCAACUCAAAUAGCAGUCAGAGGACAUAAAUUGUUGUCUCUUGCUGCCGAAAGACAGGUUUCUUCAGAUAUCCUAGAAGCUAAUGCAAAACAUAUUGCAGCACUAUCCUGUGAAGCAUUUGCCAAGGAUGGUCCAUCAUUAGUAGUCGCAUCAGGUCGUGAUACUAUCUCCAUUUCAAGCUCAAUAAAACAGUUAGCUCCAGAAUAUGUUUUCACUGUCCAGAUUCAACAUCCUAGAUCACGUCUAAAUAGGUUUGACCUAGUGAUCACACCUCGUCAUGAUUAUUAUCCUUUGACACCUGAGGGACAAAAACAAAUUCCUUGGUUUCUUCGAAGGUGGAUAACCCCUCGCACAUCUCCUGAGAGACACGUGAUACUGACUGUUGGAGCCCUUCAUCAAGCUGAUUCUAAUGCGCUGAAGGAUGCAGCUGACACUUGGCACGAUGAGUUAGCAACUAUACCAAAACCUUUGCUUGUGGUUAAUGUUGGAGGGCCUACAGGUCAUUGUAGAUAUGGUACAGACCUAGCAGUGGAGCUAACAGCCUUGCUUCUGAAUAUUGUUCCAACCUGUGGGAGCAUCAGAGUAUCUUUUUCUCGUAGAACUCCUAGUAAGGUCUCAGACAUCAUAUGGAAAGAGCUUGGAAAUCAUCCUAAAGUUCACAUUUGGAACGGUCAAGGUCCAAAUCCACAUAUGGGACAUUUGGCUUUUGCAGAUGCUUUUGUUAUCACUGCUGACUCAGUUAGUAUGUUAAGCGAGGCUUGCAGCACGGGGAAACCUGUUUAUGUAAUUGGUGCUGAGCGAUGUACGUGGAAAUUCAGAGACUUCCAUCAAUCCUUGAAAAAUCGAGGAGUUGUUCGGCCAUUCCUUGGAAAAGAAGAUAUAUCUGAAAGUUGGAGCUAUAGUCCCCUGAAUGAUACUAAGGAGGCUGCUGCGCAUGUGAUUACAGCACUAGCCGAACGAGGAUGGGGAUUGCCAUCAUAAUUUCUACUCUACUGAAGUAGUAGUAUUUACCUUGAUCCAGAUGUGAUUGUUUAAACUCGAUAAAUGACAAACUCCCUAUGAUUUGAAGAAGAUUUGAGAUAUAUAAUUUCUUUUGAUAGCUAAUUAAUUGUUGUACUCCCGAAAAGGAACUUGUAUAGGCUACUUCCUUUCCUUUAGAUUAUUUGAUCAAUCUCUUUUGGUGAUGGCUUCGUUAAAAAAAAAAUAAUCUUUGUAUAAGAAAAAUAUUUUUUAGAAUGAAGAAAAACUUUUAUAUCUUGUUGUCAUUUA